AUGUCCACCUCCAAAGAUCUUGUGCAAGUCCCCCAUCUUGGCUUCUGGGAGAAGUUGGAUCUGCCCUUGAGCCAGGCGACUGUGGUGAUACAUGCGAUCUAUGCAGCUAUCACGGGCCUGUUCCGCGGCCAGGGCAGUCCGAAGAAAUAUAGUCAUCAUGUCACUACUGCCGCAAUUCGAUCGGCCGUCAGUCGCUUGUCGAUUCGACAAACUCAAUAUAUGAACCCAACAACACCACAGACAUAUCAUGCUGUGAUGAAGCGAAGGGGUCUGCAGCCCGAGGUUGUGAAUCUUCCCCAUGACACGGAAGGCUACUGGAUGGGGAAGAAGAAUGCGCAGAACGUAAUUAUUUACUACCAUGGCGGCGGUUUUGCCUUACCCGCAGUGGCUUCUCACUUCGACUUCUGGCUCGAUCUUCUUCAAGCUCUGAACGACAAUGGACACGAUCUCGCCGUCUUCUUCCCACGAUACACACUCACGCCACAUGAAACGUACCCAACGCAGCUACGCCAGGCCGUCGGUGCCCUACAGUACAUUCUCACCGAUGUGGGACGAGAUCCGUCCAACGUGAUCGUCGGAGGCGACUCCGCCGGAGGCAACCUCGCCAUGGCCGUCCUCUUGCACUUGUCGCACCAGCAUCCUGCCAUUGAGCAGAUCAACCUAUCGACCCAUCUGGCAGGAGUAUUUGCCUUUGCGCCCUGGGUCAAUUUCAGCCAAGAAUGGCCUUCGUAUGAAACCAAUGCGUACAAGGAUAUCAUUACCGGUAAGGCGUUGCGACAAUGGUCCACUGCGUAUCUAAAUGGGAAACCGGGCGACAAUUGGAGUGAGCCGAGCCUAGCCCCGGCGGAUUGGUGGAAGGAUGCAAAGACCGAACGGAUUCUACUGUUGGCAGGAAAUGAUGAGAUUCUCCUUUCACCCAUUAAGGAAUUUGCAAAGAAAGUCAAGUCCGCAUUCCCGCAGACCACCUUUGUUGUGGGAGACGACGAAAGCCACGAUGCUCAUUUAUAUGUGGAGGCUGGCUCGAAGGAUGGUACUCAGACCAGCCGGGAGCUGAGGCAGUGGGUUGCAUCUCGUUUGUAA